AGAUCUCUUCCGGUUUCCUGUCGCGCUCAUACACGUGAAGGUCAGCAUUUUGAGCUAAAAGCCACUUAUAUUUAUUAAAAUAUCGCUGUGUAGACCUGUUUAUAUGAAAAUAUGGAUGGCCAAGGAGCGACAGCGGACCCCCAGCUCCAGCACUUCAUUGAAAUUGAGUCUCAAAAACAGCGAUUUCAGCAGCUGGUGCAUCAAAUGACAGAGGUUUGUUGGGAAAAGUGCAUGGAUAAACCAGGGCCAAAGCUGGACUCAAGGACAGAAAUCUGCUUUGUGAAUUGUGUGGAGCGAUUCAUUGACACCAGCCAGUUUAUCUUAAACAGGCUGGAACAGACUCAAAGGAGCAAGGGCUCAUUCUCUGAGACUAUGUCUGAUUAAAACCUGUUACUAAAAGGACUUUCAAGACACAUCCAGAUUAGACCCUGUGGUCUCGACUCAGCCGUGUCCAUCUGUGACCUGUCUGUUCAUCAUCUCGAACAAGGAACAAUGCCAAGUGUUAACUUCUGAUACAAGUGCCUGACAUUACCACCAUGUAUUGGACUCAUGUAAAGGUUAAGAGUUUGAUUUUUGUCUUCUCUGUGGGAUGAGUGUUGUAAGAUGCUUCAGCUGUAACCUUAUGAUUGUUGUUUUUGAAGUCAUGACAUACACAUGGAAGUCAGUACUUUGGUCAAACUGUGACCCUGAGUGUUAAUAUCCAUUGUUGUAAUGAGUGGGAGUCAGUUGUAAGAUGCAGACAGAGAUGUUCAGCUUGCCCAUUCACUGCAAACUAUGAAAACUCAUGUCUUGACCGAACAUGCAUCGCAGCACCAAGGUUUUAAAGUGUAUAUAUGCAAUAAAUACCAAAUAACAUGGUCA